UCCCACAGCGUCCCGGAUCCUCCCCUCCUCCACCUCCCCAGCCCCCAAGCCCCAGGGCCGCACGCGGGGCGGGGCGGGGGCGGGGCGGGGUGGCGGCGGCGCCGGCCCAAAAGGCGGAGUCGAGAGGCGAAGGGGCCAGAGCUGUGAGCGCUGUGCCUAGAGCGCCGCGGAGAAAGCCAGCGGGAACUCAGACCCCCGAGGAGCCCCUCGUCCUCGCCCGGCCUGGCCAGGCCCCGCGCUAUGGAGUUCCUCUGGGCCCCUCUCUUGGGUCUGUGCUGCAGUCUGGCCGCUGCUGACCGCCACACCGUCUUCUGGAACAGUUCAAACCCCAAGUUCCGGAAUGAGGACUACACAGUACAUGUGCGGCUGAAUGACUAUCUGGACAUCAUCUGUCCACAUUACGAGGAUGAGACUGUGGGAGACGCUGCCAUGGAGCAGUACACACUGUACCUGGUGGAGCAUGAACAGUACCAACUGUGCCAACCCCAAUCCAAAGACCAAGUCCGCUGGCAGUGCAACCAGCCCAAUGCCAGGCAUGGCCCGGAAAAGCUAUCAGAGAAGUUCCAGCGCUUCACACCCUUUACCCUGGGCAAAGAGUUCAAAGAGGGACACAGCUACUACUAUAUCUCCAAACCCAUUUACCACCAAGACCACCGGUGCUUAAGGUUGAAGGUGACCGUCAAUGGCAAAAUCACUCACAGUCCUCAGGUCCAUGCCAAUCCACAAGAGAAGAGACUUCCAGCCGAUGACCCAGAGGUGCAGGUUCUACACAGCAUUGGUCACAGUGCUGCCCCCCGCCUCUUCCCACUUGCCUGGGCUGUGUUGCUCCUUCCACUCCUGCUGCUGCAAACCCCAUGAAGAUGUAUACCACAUCUGGCCUAAGGCUUGGAACAGGGCUGAGGAGGCAAGCGCAGGCACCCCUCACCUGUCCUGGGGCCCCUCCCAAAGCCCCAUUCCUGGGGACCACUCCCAUCACAUGCACAAGCUGCCAGCCAGCAACCUCAAAACGGGUCAGUAUUAAGGGGUUUCAACCCAAAGGAGGUCUGCAAGCUGGGCAGUGCCACCCCCACCUCCACCUCAGAGGGAUGGACACAGAAGUGGGGACAGUUCUUUCCCCAACAUUUCUGCCCUUAAGCCAAAGAAACAAACUGUGCAGAUAUGGCCUCUUAAAAAGGGCACUGUGGGAGCCAAGCUGGAAGGAGCCUGGGGUCCUGCAGAUGGGACACUGAGCUUGGCAAAGAUGCCCCUCCCAGAGAGAGCCAACAAUGCCCAGAUGAACUAACUGAAGGAAAAGCAGGAGAGUUGCCUGCUUGGGAGCCAGGGACAAGAGAGGCAGCACGCUUGGGCUGACCCCACAUCUCCCCCAAGACUUCCAUCUAUGGAACUGCCACAGAGGGGUGUGCAUCCUCUCCCAUCCUGGGGCAGCACUCCCCAGAGCUGUGCCACCGGGGGAGCUGUGCCAACCUGUUCUUAAGAGUGUAGCUGUGAGGGCAGUGCCCAUGAGCACAGAGUCUGUGCCUAGAGUGUAGCCUAAAGGGCAGGGCCCACGUGUAUAGAAUCUGUAUAUAAACUUGAUGUGUGUUUGUGCUGAUUUCUACAACUGGAGUUUUUUUAUACAAUGUUCUUUGUCUCAAAAUAAAGCAAUGUGUUCGUCUUUUUGGA